UUUUUAGUGAUUACAUUUACUUUUUGGACCACAAAUAUAUUAAAAAUAGGCCUUACUGAUUUACUGAAUUUUAUUUUACCCAUUCCUUGCAUCCUUGCCCGUUGAAGCCUUAAUAUUUCCUUGAUUGCAAUUCUUUUAUUUGAAAAUUUUUGAGGUUAUGUUAUACUUAGGCGGGAAAUACUUCAUUUAUUUGCUUUGAAUAACUCUUUUGAUAAAAUACAAAGUUAUUACAGAUAAAUAUGGGUAUUUUAAAUUUAACUAAACUUUUAGCUGAUGUAGCUCCUCAAGCGUUAAAGGAUUAUGAACUAAAAAACUAUUUUGGAAGAAAAAUUGCAGUAGAUGCCUCUAUGUGUCUUUAUCAGUUUUUAAUAGCAGUUAGAGCAGAAGGAGCACAACUAACUUCUGCAGAUGGGGAAACUACAUCUCAUCUUCUGGGGACCUUUCAUAGAACUAUUCGUUUAGUUGAAAAUGGUGUGAAACCUGUUUAUGUUUUUGAUGGAAAACCACCAGACUUGAAAUCAGGAGAACUUAAUAAGAGACAGGAAAAAAGAAACGAGGCUCAAGCAGCACUUGCGAAAGCUACAGAAGCUGGAGAUGCAGCUGAGAUUGAUAAAUUUAACAGAAGGUUGGUAAAAGUCACUAAACAACAUUCUCAAGAAGUGAAGCAGCUAUUGACCAUGAUGGGAAUACCAUAUGUUGAUGCUCCAUGUGAAGCUGAAGCUCAGUGUGCUGCGUUAGUAAAGGCGGGAAAAGUAUAUGCUACUGCUACAGAGGAUAUGGAUGCACUUACUUUCGGCUCAAAGGUCUUAGUAAGGCACAUGACAUUCAGUGAAGCAAGGAAAAUGCCAAUUCAAGAAAUUCAUUUAGAUAAAGUUUUAACAGGAUUAGAUUUAACUCAGGAACAGUUUAUUGAUCUGUGUAUAUUAUUGGGUUGUGAUUAUACAGAUAGCAUAAGGGGCAUUGGUCCGAAGAGGGCAAUAGAGUUAAUCCAAAAACACAAAAGUAUUGAAAACAUCAUUCAAAACAUUGACAAAGACAAAUACCCAAUUCCAGAAAAUUGGAAUUAUGAAGGGGCUAGAGAACUUUUCAAGAAUCCAGAAGUGUCUGGGGUAGAUGAUAUUGAAUUAAAAUGGGGCGAACCAGAUGAAGAGGAACUAGUGAAAUAUUUAUGCGGAGACAAAAAUUUCAGUGAGGACAGAGUGAGAAAUGGUUGCAAAAAACUAUUGAAAGCCAAAGGCGGAUCAACACAGGGUAGAUUGGAUGGGUUCUUCACUGUUCUUUCCACUACUCCAGCGAAGAGAAAGGUAGAUGAUAAGAAAAAUACUCCAAAUAAGCGAGGAAAAGCAACAGGAAAAGGAAGGGGUAGACCAAAAUAAAUAAUAGUAUGGAUAUGUAUUUUUAUGAAUAUCAAUAUAGAUCUAAUGAGAGAUUUUUCAAACAGGGAAAAAUUGUUUGUUUAGGAUAAGUCGGUGUAAGAUAACUUUAAUUAAACUCAAACAAUUAUUGUUUUCCGGUUGGCUUUAAGUAUGCCCUAAGUAGAAGAUGUAACAUACAUGGAGGUAAGAUGGCUAGUGUCAGUUAUUAAUUAUAAAAUAUGUAUUAAGAUUAUAUACUGUAUUGUUUGACAAAAUUUGUCAAGGUUUAUUCUUUAUAAAUAAAUUGGAAAAUGCUGGACAUUCUCUGGAUUUUUCAAUGCAGUUUUUACGCAUCACAUGGAGUCAGUCCAUGUCAAACAAAGAGUAACAAACAGUGCAUAGUAUCAUCUUCUUCAGAACUGAUAGCUUUAUCUAGUUGCAAUUGACUCUUCAAAGGUGUCUUCCUUUCCUAGUUUUUUCUUCCAGGCAUUCACUUAAACCAAGAUUUCCAUGUUUUAGAUGUUACCCUUUAUUUGGCCCAGUAGGAUGCGAUAUGGUACACCAAAAACCUUUGCUGCAUUCAUGGUGUAGUUAACCAUC